AUGCUAAAAACUAUAUCAUUUGUUCGAGGUUUUCGUGUACCUACACAAAAAGAUAUUGAUGAAGCACUUGGUAAUGAUGCUUCAUUUUCGAAUGAAUUCAAAACAUCAUUUAAUUCAUUACCAAAUCCAACAAAUGAUCUAGAUUGGUUAGCAAAUUAUAAAGAAAAAGGUCAAACAUAUAGAAAAUUUCUUGAUGAAAGUCCAUUUCUUGAUGAUAAUUAUUCAUUAAAAAAAUAUAUUUAUUUAACAUUACUUGAUAAUGAUGAUCUUUUAUCAUUAUUAAAUAUUGAUCAUUUAAUUAAUUAUACACAACGUUUUUUUCAAAUGGAAGUUAAACUUCUUCCUUUAUUUACAAAUAUUUAUUGGAAUAAUACAAAAAAAAAAUGGAUAUGCACAAUGAAAGGUAGAAAUGAUUUAAUAAAAGAGAUAACUCUUCGUACACGUUAUAAUUCAACAACGGAACAUUCACAAAUUUAUGUAGAUAAUAUUCUUAAUCUAUUAAAACGUUCAGUUCCUAGUGAUGCUCGUUGUCUUGUUGCUAUAACAUUACAUGAUUUAUAUUCAGAUGAAUCUGAUUUAUUUAUUGCUGGUUUAGCUCAUGGAAAUUGUCAUGUAGCAGCUUUUUCGUUUUUUCGUUAUGAUCCUCGUUUGAAAUUUGGUGAUGAAUUUUGGUAUGAUUGGAAAAUAAAAAAAACUCAAUCAAAAUUAAUGUCAAUAAUUAUAUUACUUCGAUCAUGUCGUCUUCUUACACAUGAAAUAGGACAUUUACUUGGUAUUGGUCAUUGUAUUUAUUAUGGAUGUUUAAUGAAUGGAAGUGGACAUUUACAAGAAGAUUUUUCUCAACCAUUAUUUUUAUGUCCAAUUGAUUUAAGAAAAUUAUCUCAAUUAGCAAAUUUUGAUUUUAUUCAACGAUAUGAAAAAUUAUUAGAUUUUUGUACAGAAAAUCAAUUCAAUGAUGAAACUGAUAUAUUAAAAAAACGUUUAGAAAUACUGAAGAAUAACAAACAAAUGAUACAAACAAAAAAGAACAAGAAUAUUGAUCAUGAAAUAAAACAAAAAACUAAACGUUUGAAGAAAAAUUGA